GUCGAGGGAGAAAGGACGCCAAGCGUGUGACUCUCUGCACCUCAGCACCAGCUCGCUGUAGGGCCGGAGUGAGGCAGGUCGUCGAUCCAGGCAGCACAGCGCCAGCAGCAGCGCAGCCAGAUGCAGCAGGCUAGGCACCACGGAUGAGCCGCAGCGACGCAGCCCAUCCCACUCCGCCGCAUCCGCGCCUCUCCUCCUCAAUCAAGCCGCCCGCCUUGCCUUUCCUGGCCGUCGCAGCCUCGCGAAAGGCUCACUUGCGCGGCUUUCCGCCCUCAUCGUCGUGCGGCGCAGGGCAAGGCGGAGCUGGAGAUGCCGUACAUGCCGAGAGAGCCAAGAGGAUGCGGCUCGUCGGCUGCGGCUGCCUCGGAGGCCCACAGCCGGCACCCCGGGCUCUUGCAGCGUGGCCACUCGGCGAACAAGGGCUGUGCUGGCCUCGCUGGCGUUUCGCCUCUCCUGCCGCUCCGCUGCUUGGCUCGCUCUCCGACGUAUAAGUAGCCCGCCGUGCCCGCGCCCUUCGCUCGUCUCGUCAGGUUGCUCCACCCCACCAAACUCGUCCUUUCUCGUCUUCUCCCUCUUUCGCUCCACAAGUGUACCCUGGCGGUCACUU